UAUAUCUUAUGGAUCUGGCAACCUGAUGUCUUCCGAGUCACGUGGUAGAAAUGGCGGAUGAAGUCGAACCUCAACAGACCACCAACACGGUGGAGGAGCCCCUGGAUCUGAUCAGGCUCAGUCUGGACGAGAGGAUCUACGUCAAGAUGAGGAACGAUCGGGAGCUCCGCGGCAGACUGCAUGCAUACGACCAGCACCUGAACAUGAUCCUGGGGGCUGUGGAGGAGACGGUGACAACGGUGGAGAUCGACGAGGAGACGUACGAGGAGCUGUACAAGUCCACCAAGAGGAACAUCCCCAUGUUGUUUGUCAGAGGAGACGGUGUGGUUCUUGUAGCUCCGCCCCUCAGGGUGGGCUAACAGCCACUUCCUGGUCACUCUGAACCAACGGGGGGGUAGUGACCUCGCUGACCUGACCAGUCGAAGACUGUCGAGGCAGGGUUAUCUCUACCACGGGGGGAGGUAGAAAAACAUGUCAACUUGGUUUUGUUGUGUUUUUUAAUUUUUUAGGACAGUUUAAAUCAAUUCUUCCAUUCUGAAGAAUAGUUAUUCUUGAUGUGUUUUUUGUAUUAGUCAGUCAUGCCAAAUCCUCCAGGUGGAUUUGAGAGCAAAAUAAUUUGCAGUUUCUGCUGAGAAACAUCUGUCACGAUGAACCAAGCGGGGCGCGGAGCGAUUUCUCACUUUUUAGUUAUCCUCAGUUAGGCUUGAUAAGCCUUUGUUAGCCUGUAGCAAACAAUGUUAAGGGCUCAAUUGCAUGAGGGAUUCCAAUAUUUACUUUGUUAACCAAAACCUACAAUGAAGUGCAUGAUUUCUGGUUAUUAUUUUGGGAGUUAUUUCAAGAUUAAACAAUUGAGUUGAGUAAAAAUGUUUGAAACGUUUUUAUGUUAUGCUGUCCGUUUUCUGACUGUGCACUUGAGUAAACUUAAAUGAUUUUGAAAAAG